CAAAAAUUACAUUAUUUGUCGCCUUUAACCAAAUAAUAAUUAUAAACGACAUAUAAUAUUAACUUCAAAUACGACCAAAAAGAGGGGCAAAAGGCAAUACAAGACGAAUUCGACGAACGAUAUAAACAACAACAAGAACAAAAUGUCUGCCACAAUUGUGCAGAAAUCGUCAUCAACUGUUGUUGUUGGUGGUAAUUCGCAUUAUUUCGAGUGCGGCGGCGAUUUAUUUCAAACGGUGGCCACUGGCUGUGAUCAACAGCAACAGCAACAGCAGCCGCAGCAUAAGCAACAGGCAUCCGCCACCGCCGCCGCUCUAACCGAACACGUCCUGGACACGACAAACAUCAUGGAGCUGUCACCAAUUCAUUUACCACAACAGCAUCGCCUUCAUGGAGCACUCACACGUACUAUCUCACAGCCGGCGGCUCAGCAGCGCCAGCAGCAGAUUCUUCAACAACAACAACAACAACAGCCACAGCCGGUGGCAAGUUUGGUAACCAUCAUUGAGAAUCUGGGCAGCAUGAAUCUGCAUCGCAAAUUGGAGCGUACACAAUCCGAGCCGCUGCCGCCACAACAGCCAAUGAAUACAUCUCGCUACAAGACGGAGCUUUGUCGUCCCUAUGAGGAGGCCGGCGAAUGUAAAUAUGGUGAAAAGUGCCAGUUCGCCCACGGCUAUCAUGAAUUGCGCAAUUUGCAGCGUCAUCCCAAAUACAAGACCGAAUAUUGUCGCACAUUCCACAGUGUUGGAUUCUGUCCCUAUGGGCCGCGUUGUCAUUUUGUUCACAAUGCGGAUGAAGCUCGUGCCCAGCAGGCAGCCCAGGCGGCCAAAUCUAGCCAGCAGCAACAGCAGCAGCAACAACAACAGAGAUCACAACAACAGCAGAGCCUCCAAAAGGCUAACCAGAAUAGCAUCAAUCAGCAGCAUCAGCAGCAACAACAACAACAAAUGCAACAGAAUGUCAACAUUAGCCAGUACUUCCUGCCGUUGAGUCCGCCGCUUAGCAUGAGCACUGGAUCGGAUCGUGAAUCGCCCACUGGUUCGCUAUCAUUGAGUCCCACCAACUCGGUGACCAAUUUUCCAUUCCACGAUGCUUUGCCAAUGCAACAGCAGCAGCAACAGCAACAGCAGCAGCAGCAGCUGCCAUCAUCCGCUUCAGUGCAUGCUUAUCUAAGCAUGGCCAACACCAAUGGCAGCAUCAUUUUAACCAACAACAACAACAACAACAAUAACAAUACGCCGUCAUCAUCAUCAUCAUCGGGAUCGUCAUCGUCGGCAUCGUCAACAUCCUCGGCAUCUGGCCUGGCGCCCGCCACACCGCCGGAGAGUCCAAAUGUGCCCAUCUCGCCGGUGCAUACACCGCCACCAUAUGACAAGCAGUUGCUGCAAAAGAGCGCCAGCACACCCAUGCACCACGAGGAGACGCAACGUCUGCCCGUGUUCAAUCGACUGAGCUCCGCUGUGGAGGCUUUCCAGCAGCAUUCCAAUUUGGGUCUCUAGAUACGCACACACAGCAUACACUAGCGCACAGACGCACAGACAGACAGAGGAGGUAUCGUCCCAUCACCCACAACAAUUCACCCAAUUCACCCAUUCCCCCAACCCAUCCCGCACCCACCCUACCUAUCUGCAAAACUUUGACAAAAUCUCAACAACGACUACUUCUUCUUCGAACUUUACAAACAAACGUUUUCCUUUCAAACAUUUCACUACUGACUACAACAACAACCACAAAGAAGAGAGAAAAAGAAUUCUUCCAAAUUUCUUUUCUUAAUCUCUCUCUCUUUUCUCAACAUCCCUGACCCCGCCCCGACCCCUCCACAUUUAUAUAUUUUUGAAACAAAAAAAAACAGUGUGAUUCUCUUGCGAUCUUCUUUUGGCCUCUAGCUACACAAAGUGUGCAAUUUAAGCCAAGCCAAGCCAAUUAAUAAUAUAUAUAUAGUUGAUAAUAUGAUUAAAACAAAGGCCUGCUGUGAAUGAACAGAACGACGGAAUGACAAUUAGACAGUUCGACAGACAAUGCUAAUCGUGCGUUAAUCGUUUUACUCGUUGGUCGCCACUCGUUACCGUUACUCGCCGCGAUACGUAAAGUGUGAAUAAUAAGAACAAACUUGACCAAACCAAAACAUAACCUCACUCUAUUACUACUCACUCGGAUAUGAAAGAAAGGACGAAAAAACUGACGGACGGACGAACGAACGGACGGUUGUUGCACAGCCGUUAUAACGGAUACGGGAUAUAUAGUUAGGAUACUUGCUCAAAACAAAAACAAAACAAAAAAAACAAAGAAAAAACCCACACACACACACACAAACAAACAACGCCCCACUUCCCCUUCCACACAACGGUUGAAAAAAGGAACAGCAGGUGGCAAAAAAAAAAAAAAAACACGAAACAACAAGCUAA